AUGGAAUUUCUGGAGGACUAUGACUGCACUAUCAACUAUCAUCCGGGAAAAGCUAAUGUGGUGGCGGAUGACUUAAGCCGAAAGGCUCAAGUAGCGGGGUUAAUGAUUAAGGAGUGGGAUCUGUUGGAAUCUGUUUGUGAGUGGAAGCCCUGCCUUGGGAGUCAUAAGGUGGUUUUUGGUAAUGUUAAAAUAACAUCCGCACUGCUGGAGCGAGUUAAAGAAGUUCAAAAGAAGGAUUCGAUGCCAGAGGAAGUCGAGAUAGAUGAAUCCCUCACCUACGAAGAGAAGACAGUACAGUUGCUCGACCGAAAGGUUAAAGAAUUGAGAAACAAACGAAUACCUUUGGUGAAGAUUUUGUGGAGAAAUCACGAAAUUGAGGAGGUUACCUGGGAGGUGGAAGAAGAAAUGAAAAAGAAAUGCCCUGAACUGAAGUUGAAACCCCACGAGAAGAACUAUCCCACCCAUGAUCUAGAGUUAGCCACGGUUGUUUUUGCUCUGAUUAAGUGGAGACAUUAUCUAUACGGGGUGACCUUCGAGGUUUACUCAAACCACAAGAGUCUUAGACACCUCUUCUCGCAAAAGGAAUUGAACAUAAGGCAGCGACGAUGGAUGGAAUUUCUGGAGGACUACGACUGCACUAUCAACUAUCAUCCGGUAAAAGCUAAUGUGGUGGCGGAUGACUUAAGCCGAAAGGCUCAAGUAGCGGGGUUAAUGAUUAAGGAGUGGGAUCUGUUGGAAUCUGUUUGUGAGUGGAAGCCCUGCCUUGGGAGUCAUAAGGUGGUUUUUGGUAAUGUUAAAAUAACAUCCGCACUACUGGAGCGAGUUAAAGAAGUUCAAAAGAAGGAUUCGAUGGUGCGGAAAUGGGGAGAGAAAGAGGAAAAAGGGGAAUUGUCAGAUUUUAAUUUCAGUCCCGAGGGAGUCUUGAAAUACGGAAACCGAAUUAUGGUGCCCAAAGAUGAAACGUUAAAGAAGGAGAUCUUAGAGGAAAAAUCAUCGAUCUAA